CUGCACGUUUAACCGAUCUCCCCGGUACAAACACCUCCAAGCCACCCGUUUCACUGCUUGCCACACCACAUUCACUGUCCAAAUCACCACCAACAUCCUCACGGCCUGUCAUGCUGUGCUUACCCUUUGCAUACCUCUUUUUAAUUUUAUUACGUAAAAUGUCAAGCACCACGUUCCGUUUGCCUUUCAUUUUCUGCUUUUUGACCAUAAAAAAUUUGUGAAGCAUUUUUUCGAAUGGUGGGCACAAAAGAAAAAUAAAGGGUUGUAUGGCGUGCAGCAGCAGCGAGGGCCCCAACACUGCCACGAGACGGUGUCUGGAACGGAUCGCUUUACGGUGCAAGGUGCUUAUUCUUCGGUAAUUGAGGGAUAAAAUGGUACUUGGUUGAUUUGAAGGUGCUAUAGCACGCCUGAUCGGACAUUACAUGACAAGAGAUGCCUGAACAGGAAGUGCUCCGUUUGAGCGUACGGGUGUGCACAGCUAUUCGCAUUUUUAGCCCCAACGCUUCGUUUUAGAACGGUAACACGCCCGUGUGAUGAAGAGCAUGCACAAACCGCUUUACAAACAUGUCUUGCCUGCGAUGCGCCUCACGCGAACGAGCGUGGCAAUUUAAUUGCCAAGUACAAUGCUUAACGAUGUGCUAUACAUGAUUGCUGUGCACAUACCGUACCUAUAAAUCGUUUUACAGCGUAUUAUUCGUCACUAUUCAUUCGUUUCAGCACCUCACGCCCUGCCCAACACCACACCUAAUUUGAUCUGCUUCUUCGUUCGAACGCACCAUCUUCAAAUUUUUUGUGGUCCCACCCUUAUGAGAGAUCCCCUGCAACUCGUCAAAUCAUACUUGGAAGAGAAAGUGUGCAUUUAUCUGCGGGACAGGAGCAGGCUGGAGGGCGUGUUGUGUGGCUUCGAUGAGCAUAUGAAUGUAGGAUUGCUGAUUGGUGGCGAGUUUAUGACUGUUAGGGGCGAAAGCAUUGUUAUGAUUGGACAGGAAUAGCGUGUUGUGAUGUGGGUGGUGUGUUCAUAGCAUAUCGGUGAGCAGGAGUAGAAUAUUUUGUGUUAUGGCACGGAGCGAUUUAAAGUGCUUGGCCGUGGUGGUAGCGAUGAGGUGCUUGGCCGUGGUGGUAGCGAUUUGAGGUGCUUGGCCGUGGUGGUAGCGAUGAGGUGCUUGGCCGUGAUACAAGCCGACAACGUAACACGGCUUGAUUUGGUGUUUGCUACACCACCAGAAAUGUAUUAAAGCGUGCUUAGUGCUAA